GUUUCAUGACUCCAAGUAACUUUCUACAUCUUCAUCUUAUAAAUACCUAAUUACAAGAGUCAUCAUCAAACAUAACAAAAGUUCCAGUUUCCUCUUCAAAUUCCAAACAAUAACAAACUUCAAGUUGGCAUAAACCUUUGAGCCCAAAAAAAGAAAAAUAAUGAAAGAAACCAAGAACAUAGAGUUGAUCUUCAUUCCCUGUCCAGGAAUUGGUCAUUUAGUAUCCACAGUAGAAAUGGCAAAACUUCUCAUAACUAGAGAAAAACACAUGUCCAUAACAGUCCUCAUUAUCCAAUUGCCUAAUGAUAACAAGCUUAGUUCUUAUAUCAAAUCAGUUUCCAAUUUCAGCUCAAAUUUGAAGUUCAUUCAACUCCCUCAAGAUGAAUCUGUUUUGCAGCUACUCAAAGGGAAUAUUUUCAGUUCUUUUAUUCCUGGUCAUAAGCCUGCAGUUAGAGAUGCUGUGGCUGAAAUUCUCAAGUCAGAAUCAGAUAUCACACUAGCAGGUAUUGUCAUCGACUUGUUCUGCACCUCUAUGAUUGAUGUGGCCAAUGAACUUGAGCUACCAACCUAUGUUUUCUACACCUCUAAUGCAGCCUCUCUUGGUCUUCAAUUCCAUAUGCAGAGCCUUAGUGAUGAAUUUAAUAUAGAUAUUACCAAUUACAAAAAUAACCCUGAAGCAGAACUUUCUAUAUCAACAUAUCUCAAUCCAUUUCCAGCAAAAUGUUUGCCCUCCAUAGCCUUAGACAAGGAAGGAGGAGGUUCCACCAUGUAUCUCGAUCUUACGAGAAGGAUUCGAGAAACGAAAGGUAUUAUGAUAAACACAUUUGUUGAAAUCGAGCCCCAUGCGAUCAACUCGCUCUUACGAGACAAGAAUAUACCGCCUGUAUACCCUGUUGGACCCGUGUUGAACCUUAAUAAUGUUGAAAGUGACAAAUUGAGUGAAUCUGAUAAGAAUAUUAUGAAGUGGCUAGAUGAUCAAUCCCCUGCAUCUGUAGUGUUCCUCUGUUUUGGUAGUGGUGGAAGUUUUAAAAAAGAUCAAGUUAAGGAAAUAGCCUACGCUCUAGAAAAUAGUGGGUGUCAGUUUUUGUGGUCACUGAGGCAACCACCAGAGAAAGAUGCAAGGUUUCCAAGUGACUAUGAAAAUUUUGAAGAAGUCUUGCCAGAAGGGUUCUUGCAAAGAACACAAAGGAUUGGAAAGGUGAUGGGAUGGGCACCUCAAUUGGCAAUUUUGUCUCAUAAAGCUGUGGGAGGCUUUGUGUCACACUGUGGGUGGAAUUCGACUUUGGAAAGCAUUUAUUUCGGAGUGCCAAUGGCUACUUGGCCAAUGUACGCAGAGCAACAAGGGAAUGCAUUUCAAUUGGUUAAGGAUUUGGGAAUGGCAGUCGAGAUUAAGAUGGAUUACAGGAAGGAUCCGAAAGUGAUGGGCCAAGAAAUUAUAGUGAAAGCAGAGAAGAUUGAGAAAGCGAUAAGGGAACUUAUGGACCCGGAGAAUGAAAUUUGGAUGAAAGUGAAAAAUAUGAAGGAGAAGGGCAGAGCGGCAACAAUGGAAGGUGGCUCUUCUUAUAAUUGUAUUGGAGGUUUCAUCCAGAGUAUCAUGGAGAAUACUCGGUAAUUUUCCAUUUGAUUCUAGCUAAUAGCAGUGGAUUUACAACAGUACAAAAAUACAAUAUACGUGUGUUUUGUAUUUUGAUCGAUUUAGUUGGUUUGUACCCUCAUUUAUUAAGUUACUAGUGAAAGUUGCCCGUGCUGA